AUGUGCGACGAAGAAGUUGCCGCGUUGGUAGUGGACAAUGGCUCCGGUAUGUGCAAGGCUGGGUUCGCUGGUGACGACGCCCCGCGUGCCGUCUUCCCAUCGAUCGUGGGCCGCCCUCGUCAUCAGGGCGUGAUGGUCGGCAUGGGACAGAAGGACUCCUAUGUGGGUGAUGAGGCGCAGAGCAAGAGGGGUAUCCUCACCCUGAAGUACCCCAUCGAGCACGGCAUCGUCACCAACUGGGACGACAUGGAAAAGAUCUGGCACCACACCUUCUACAACGAGCUGCGUGUAGCGCCCGAGGAGCACCCCGUGCUGCUCACAGAGGCACCCCUAAACCCCAAAGCCAACAGAGAGAAGAUGACUCAGAUCAUGUUCGAGACCUUCAACACACCGGCCAUGUACGUGGCCAUCCAGGCCGUGCUGUCGCUGUACGCGUCUGGUCGUACCACCGGUAUCGUGUUGGACUCCGGCGACGGCGUCUCCCACACCGUGCCCAUCUACGAGGGCUACGCCCUGCCGCACGCCAUCCUGCGUCUGGACUUGGCCGGCCGUGACCUCACCGACUACCUUAUGAAGAUCCUCACCGAGCGUGGUUACUCGUUCACCACCACGGCUGAGCGUGAGAUCGUGCGCGACAUCAAGGAGAAACUCUGCUAUGUCGCCCUCGACUUUGAGCAGGAGAUGGCCACUGCCGCCUCCAGCAGCUCCCUCGAGAAAUCGUACGAACUUCCCGACGGACAGGUCAUUACCAUCGGUAAUGAGCGAUUCCGUUGCCCCGAGGCUCUCUUCCAGCCCUCGUUCCUGGGUAUGGAAGCUUGCGGUAUCCAUGAGACGACGUACAACUCUAUCAUGAAGUGCGACGUCGACAUCCGUAAGGACUUGUACGCCAACACAGUAUUGUCCGGCGGUACCACCAUGUACCCCGGCAUCGCCGACCGUAUGCAGAAGGAGAUCACCGCGCUCGCUCCUUCCACCAUGAAGAUCAAGAUCAUCGCUCCCCCGGAGAGGAAGUACUCCGUAUGGAUCGGUGGCUCCAUCCUCGCGUCCCUGUCGACCUUCCAACAGAUGUGGAUCUCGAAACAGGAGUACGACGAGUCUGGCCCCUCGAUUGUGCACAGGAAGUGCUUC